AUGGCGGAUUCUGAAGUGCUUGGCUUCCAGCACAUGGGACUGGAUCAACGGCUCUUGCAGGCCAUAGCAGAGCAGGGUUGGGCCCGGCCCACGCUUAUCCAAGAGAAGGCAAUUCCACUGGCUUUGGAGGGGAAGGACCUCUUGGCCCGAGCUCGCACCGGUUCAGGGAAGACCGCCGCUUAUGCCAUCCCGCUCCUGCAGCAUCUGCUUCAUAGGAAGGCGACAGGACCAGUUGUGGAACAAGCUAUUCGAGGCCUUGUCCUUGUACCCACCAAGGAGUUGGCACGGCAGGCACAGACCAUGAUCCGUCAGCUGACAGCAUAUUGUUCCCGGGAUGUUCGUGUGGUUGAUGUGUCAGCUUCAGAGGACUUUGCUUUUCAAAGGCCCUUGCUAAUGGAGAAGCCAGAUGUGGUAGUAGGCACACCAUCACGGGUGCUAAGUCAUCUGCUGCAAGGCAACUUGAAUUUACGUGAUUCCUUGGAGCUGCUUGUAAUGGAUGAGGCCGACUUGCUUUUUUCCUUUGGCUUUGAAGAAGAGCUUAAGACCCUUCUUUGUCACUUGCCCCGAAUAUACCAGGCCUUCCUCAUGUCUGCUACUUUUAAUGAAGAUGUACAGGCCCUCAAGGAGCUUGUAUUGCAUAAUCCGGUAACUCUGAAGUUGCAAGAAUCUCAGCUUCCAGGACCAGACCAGCUGCAGCAGUUUCAAGUCGUUUGUGAGACGGAGGAGGACAAAUUCCUUUUACUCUAUGCCCUGCUAAAACUGUCUUUGUUGCGGGGCAAAUCACUACUCUUUGUUAACACCUUAGAACGAGGUUACCGACUUCGACUUUUCCUGGAGCAGUUCAGCAUUCCUGCCUGUGUGCUCAAUGGAGAACUGCCUCUGCGUUCCAGGUGCCACAUCAUCUCACAGUUCAACCAAGGCUUCUACGAUUGUGUUAUUGCAACUGAUGAAGAAGUGCUGGGGGCCCCCUUUAAAGGCAAGCGUCGGGGCCAAGGAUCCAAAGGAGAGAGGGCCUCUGAUACAGAAUCUGGUGUGGCACGUGGCAUUGACUUCCACAAUGUGACAGCUGUGCUCAAUUUUGAUCUCCCACCUUCCCCUGAGGCCUAUAUUCAUCGAGCUGGCAGGACUGCACGUGCUAACAACCCAGGAACAGCCCUGACAUUUGUGCUGCCCACAGAACGUUCCCAGCUCAAAGAAAUUGAGGAGGCCCUUGGAGGAGAAAAUGCAGAGUCCAUGUUUCUUCCCUACCAAUUUCGAAUGGAGGAGAUUGAGGGUUUCCGAUACCGUUGCCGGGAUGCCAUGCGUUCUGUGACUAAACAAGCCAUUCGGGAAGCAAGACUGAAGGAGAUUAAAGAGGAGCUUCUGCACUCAGAGAAGCUCAAGACCUACUUUGAGGAUAACCCUAGAGAUUUACAGCUCUUACGACAUGAUCGGCCCCUGCACCCAGCAGUAGUGAAGCCCCAUCUUGGCCAUGUUCCUGACUACUUGGUCCCCCCUACACUUCGUGGCAUUGCCCGCCCUCACAGCAAGCGGAAGCGGAACAGACCCUUCACCUCCCUCAGGAAAUUAAAGACCCCAAGGACACAAAACCCUCUGCGAAGCUUCAAGUAUACCAGGAAGAAGCAAAGGACCUCAGCCCCUUCAGCUAAGCACUCCUGAUGUUGCUCCCCCAGCACUGGGACUGAGUGUCACAUGGUCUUCCUUUCCUUUGGGAGCUAGCCAACUACUUGUUUGUCCCCCUUUAUGGAAGGCUGGCCUGUCAGCCCUGUGCUGUGGAGUGACUUGGAUUUGGUGUGGGAUCUACUUAAGAGAUUGGGCUCCCAGGGGCCAGAAGGAAGUUAGCAGUCUUUCUCUAGUGUUGAGAUGGAAGAUUCUGCCCCUCUGCCAGCAGGGGUCGUCAUGCAUAGGCUCAAAGGCAGUGGAAGAAACCUCUGAGAGAUACCUAUGAGAGAGGAGUCCAACUCUUGCAACCAAAGGGACACUGAUAAGUGGACUGAAAUACAUCCUCAUUCUUCAUACUCAAGGUGCUGCAUUGAUUCCUACUCAUCUGUUAGCAAGACUGACCUUGGUUUGCCAAAGUCCCCUCCCCCCUCACACUCCCACACACUUAGAACCCCUAGACCCAUGUUGGCAAAUCUAUGACACAUGCCAGAGGGGGCUACUCCCCUCCUGUCUCCAGGCCUGCCUGAAGACGUUUCUCAUAUGACCUACCCCUUUGCCCAAUAGCCUAAUGGGAGCAUUUCCUUCUUCCCCUAUGUGUGGUAAGGAGGUGGGCUCACAUGUGGCAUAAGGGUGCAGUUUGGGCACUCUGUCUCUAAAAGGUUAGUCAUCACUGCCCUAGACCCAUUGCCCAAGGUUGGCUUCCAGUAUAAUCAUCAAGGCCACAGGUCCCCAUCUUAGGUCUGGAGCCUUGAUCUUUUAGGUAAAUACACAUUUCUUACCAUCUAGUUUUCACUCACAACACCUUGGUUAGGAAGCUGGUUUUCAAUAGCUGUGAUUUAUCUCUUCCUAUUAUUCAAGAUUUCCAUUUCCUGCCUUUUGUUUUCCAUUGGGAAAUUUCUACUGGCACCUGGGACAUCACCUUUUUAUGCCUAUUUAUGCUUUUUCUUAUCCAUUCAUGAGGAAAAAGUGAAAAUAGAGAGGUAGAUUUGGAGUUAGGACCUUAGCUCAAAUCCUAGCUCAGCCAUUU